GUCUAGGCCGGCUAGCGCGAGGCGGAGAGUGCAGAAGACAGUUGCGCCGCGUGAGGUGCCGCGAAGGCACUCUGCGCCCGGGAGCUGUCGCGCCGGCCCGAUUUCCCGCGGCUCUAUAAGGAGUAGCGCUUCGGUAGCCGGGGAGCUGGAGGGGAACCUGAUUUGAGAUCAAUUCUUGAAGAACACAAAGAAGUGUGGUGGGUUGAACCAGCUGCCCUUUGACCCUGCCAACAACAACGAGCCCCUGCAGUUUGGUAGUGCCAGUGGCCCUCUGGUCACAGAAGGCCUCAUUGAGAAUGGAGGGGAAUCGAGCAAGAAAAGAAAGAGAACAAAUGCUCCUUCAGGUUUGACAGACUUGUGAGGAUAAAAAUUACAUCAUGGAGCCUGAUCUAAGAUAGGAUCCCAUAUGUUUAGUGCUCAGAGACACAUGGAAUUCUAGAACCAUAGGACCUUAAAGAUCUUAGAGCUGAUAAUAGUAGAACUCUGAAUGUGGAUUCUACUGCAAUGACACUACCUAUGUCUGAUCCAACUGCAUGGGCCACGGCAAUGAAUAAUCUUGGAAUGGCACCGCUGGGAAUUGCUGGACAACCAAUUUUACCUGGAACAGAGUACAUCAUGAUUGACUUGAGUGCUGGCAGCAACAACAAAAUUAACUGGGCCAUGGAGGACAAUCAGGAUAUGGUCAACAUAAUAGAGACCGUGUAUCGAGACUUUGAUCCUGCUCUUGGGAUGAUGACUGGAAUUCCACCAAUAACUCCAAUGAUGCCUGGUUUGGGAAUAGUACCUCCACCAAUUCCUCCAGAUAUGCCAGUAGUUAAAGAGAUCAUACACUGUAAAAGCUGCACACUCUUCCCUCCAAAUCCAAACCUUCCACCUCCUGCAACCCGAGAAAGACCACCAGGAUGCAAAACAGUAUUCGUGGGUGGCCUUCCUGAGAAUGGGACAGAGCAGAUCAUCGUGGAAGUGUUUGAACAGUGUGGAGAGAUCAUUGCUAUUCGGAAAAGCAAAAAGAACUUCUGUCACAUUCGCUUUGCUGAGGAGUACAUGGUGGACAAAGCUCUUUAUUUGUCUGGUUACCGCAUCCGCCUGGGCUCCAGUACAGACAAGAAAGACACAGGCCGGCUCCAUGUUGAUUUUGCACAGGCUCGUGAUGACCUGUAUGAGUGGGAGUGUAAACAGCGGAUGCUAGCGAGAGAGGAGCGCCACCGGAGAAGGAUGGAAGAAGAAAGACUGCGUCCACCAUCCCCACCCCCAGUGGUCCACUAUUCAGAUCAUGAAUGCAGUAUUGUUGCCGAAAAAUUAAAAGAUGAUUCCAAAUUCUCAGAAGCCGUGCAAACCUUACUCACCUGGAUAGAGCGAGGAGAAGUGAACCGUCGCAGUGCCAACAACUUCUACUCCAUGAUCCAGUCGGCCAACAGCCACGUCCGCCGCCUGGUAAACGAGAAAGCUGCCCACGAGAAAGAUAUGGAAGAAGCAAAGGAAAAGUUUAAGCAGGCCCUUUCUGGAAUUCUCAUUCAAUUUGAGCAGAUAGUGGCUGUGUACCAUUCCGCCUCCAAACAGAAGGCAUGGGACCACUUCACAAAAGCCCAGCGUAAAAACAUCAGUGUUUGGUGCAAACAAGCUGAGGAAAUCCGCAACAUUCACAAUGAUGAACUAAUGGGAAUCAGGCGAGAAGAAGAAAUGGAAAUGUCUGACGAUGAAAUAGAAGAAACGACAGAAACGAAAGAAACUGAGGAAUCAGGUAAAGCCUUAGUAUCACAGGCGGAAGCUCUCAAGGAAGAAAACGACAGCCUCCGUUGGCAGCUUGAUGCCUAUCGGAAUGAGGUAGAGCUGCUCAAGCAAGAACAAGGCAAAGUCCACAGAGAAGAUGACCCAAACAAGGAGCAGCAGCUGAAGCUCCUGCAGCAAGCCUUGCAGGGAAUGCAACAGCAUCUACUCAAAGUCCAAGAAGAAUACAAAAGGAAAGAAGCUGAGCUUGAAAAACUCAAAGACGACAAGUUACAGGUGGAAAAAAUGUUGGAAAAUCUGAAAGAAAAGGAAAGCUGUGCUUCUAGACUGUGUGCAUCAAGCCAGGAGAGUGAUUACCCUCUUGAGAAGACCAUGAACAGCAGUCCCAUCAAAUCUGAACGAGAGGCGCUGCUAGUGGGAAUUAUUUCCACAUUCCUUCACGUUCAUCCUUUUGGAGCAAGCAUUGAAUAUAUCUGUUCCUACUUGCAUCGUCUUGAUAAUCAGAUCUGCACCAGUGAUGUGGAAGGUCUCAUGAGUAGACUCCAGCAUACCUUCAAGCAGGAGAUGACUGGAGUUGGAGCCAGCCUGGAGAAGAGGUGGAAAUUCUGUGGCUUUGAGGGCUUGAAACUGACCUGAAUCUCUUUGCCUAACAACUUAGGAUCCUGGAAAUAAAUGUAUGUUGGACAAGAUUAGAAAGCGAUUUAUAUUUUCGAUGGUUUUCAAGUGGAAAUUGCUUUACAUUCGGCAUUUCAUUCCUGGAAUAUCGGCAGAGUUAACAUAAGGAUCCUAGAACAGCACCUCGAGCUACAGGCCCUAAGAAGAAAUUGCCUCAAACCUCCAGUGCUGUAACUUCUCCCCUUUCUGGCAAUUGGUUGUCUUUUCUUAUUAGUGCUAUUGAAAACGUCCUGAGGCUAAAGAGUGUUUGGAAGUGUUUUCAGUGUCUGUACUACUGUUGUAGACCUUGGCAUUUUAUUUUCAACACUGUUAACUGAAAUGUUUUCGAUGAUUUGUAUGUGAUUUGUGUUUGCAACCCUCUCUUCACAUCGGUGUCGCUGCUGGUGAAAGGAACAGGAGGGAGCCUCAGUAUUCCGUGUAACUGCCAUUGUCUUUCCCAUCCCCAGUAGACCAGUAACUGAGUAACACAUCAGUGUCUUCUAGAAGGUGCUUAACCAAGUUUACCCUGUAAAUGACAAAGCAUGGUUUGUGGCUUUUUGCAAAAUUACUAUGAACCAAAAGUUGACAAAUGUUCCAAAGUUAUUUUCUCUAAUAUAGCAAACAAAAGCUCUAUUCAGAAUUUUACAAACAAAACCUGGAUGUAUGUAUUCAUUCACAGAAGGCAAGUAUCCAGUUUGACUGGCAUGUGUUCGUGCUAUUCAGAAUCACUUGUAAAUAGUCUGCUUUUGAAGGAGGGCAUGUUUAGUUUUCUAUGAAUUAAAAUACACUCGCAUGUGGGCUCGCACACAAUGCGUGCACACCCACACACCUUAGCCAAAGGGAUUUAUUUUAACAUCUGUUCCCCUGUGGCCUCCUUACAGUUCCUUUCCCUGUGCUGUCCGUGAGUUGACUUGCAAACCGUGUACCGCUAUAAGUGCUAUGUUGACUUCAUGCUGAAUGUCUGCAAAGAGUUGAUAUGAGUGUUAAUAGUAAUGGCUUAAUGUGUAAGAAUGGGCCAAGGCAUGUGGGGCUUCCUGCCCACAGGUCAGCUCCAUGUGGUGUGCUGAUCGCUGGUGGUACUUCCUCUCCUGCAGCGCCCAACCACAGGCUGCAAUGGCAGGGUGCAAGCAGGCCAAUCAGGAAGUCCUGCUCAGUCAGUGGAAAAGGGAGAAGACAGGGUAAGGGUGGGACUAAUAUCCUGAGAUGGCCUGUGUGUGUGUGUGUGUGUGUGUCUGGUGGCGAUGGUGGUAGUGGCAGCACCUAAAAUAACACAAACAUGCCCUCCCUACGUUUCUAUUGAAGGUAAGAGAAUGUACUGAAUAAGCAAAGCCAGUGCACAACACGUCCCGAACAGACUUUGUAAAUGAAAUGUCAGUAGUGUUCAAAGUUGUAUUUUUAAAAGAUAAAUAUCUCUUUUUA